UGACGCGAUUUCUGUCCGGUAAACAUCCCAGCAUUCUCGCCUGCGAGUCAAUUUUCACCUCGUGAGCAUCCCAGAGUGUUUCUCAACGCGAUUUCAUCUCAUCUCUUGACUCCCUAAUAGACUUGUGGAGGAAACCGAAAAACACGAGAGAGAGAAAAAAUACUUAUCUCACCACGAUCAAUCAUCGAUUCAUCCUGGAGGUUGAGGUACAAGUGAAGCAAUUCAUGGGUGUUUUUUGUGCUGUUCGCGCGGCCACAGAGGAAUUUUUCAAUUCAUCUCGAGAAAAUUGUGUGAAAACAAUUGAUAUUGUGUGUCUCUGAGAGUUGGAAGUCCGCGAGAACAGCCAAGAUCGCGAUCUGCAGACAAGAAGAAGCUGGUGCUUCGCGCUGCCUUUUUUGUCCUGCGACAACGCGCGCGGCUCUCCAAAGUGCUUAAAUUCGCUCCCAUCCACUCCGGAUUAUUAUUCCCUCAAUGCGGAUUACGUCACUCGGCAGAGUGGCUCGCGCGGUCUCGACAGAAAGACGAUAGAACGAUAGUCCGAGAAUGGAGUCAUCCGCCAAGGCAGCGGUUUUGGAUGUGCAAAAAUACGAGGGACUUGUCCUGGAGCCGCCCACGAGAGACGUGGUGGAACACGAUCCAGAGGGUGCAACACAGCAGGGAGUCGAGAAACAUGAGGAAUGGAUCAAGAAGAAAAAGACGGAAUUGACGACAACGCGACAAAUUGAGACGCGCGUUAAGCGCCAAGUGAUACUCGAGGAUGGCAAGGUUGUCGAUGACUCCGGGCCGAUUGUGUCCACCAACACCACGGAGGACACGGAAAAGCAGGAGAGCCAGACGACGGAGCGCCGCGACAAGGGCGAAGAUGAGCCAGGCGCCCUGGAGGCUGUCGACGCGGGCAAGCGGACGGUGUCGCUGCUGGGUCACGCCGCGCCCGCCGACGGGGUGGUGCGCGAGGUGAAGGAGAAGAAGAUCGUGUCACGCGAGGAGAAGGAGGAACUCCUCGAGACAGAAGACGUUAAGCACCUCGGUGACUUUUCCGAUGAGGUUUACGUGAAGGCGGCGAACAGUGGCGUGGACAACAUCAAAGACGUGCUCUACUCGCCGGAGUCGCAGCAGCAAUUGGUGCCCAUCGGCUGUCGCGUGGUCCACCAGUCGGCGAAGAGUCACAAGGUUGUGGACACUGAGGACACGGAUCUGCAGUGUCGAGCGCAGCCGGACGGGACGCUAGUCACGGAGAAGAAGCGCACCACAGAGCACGAGGAGAUCUUCGACGAGGACGUGCCCGCUGAGGAAGACGAUCGACUGUCGACAGGAAGUCACGAGAAAGUAACAACGAAAGAGUCCUCUCAACGUGUGUACAAGUCACGCGAUGAGCAAGCGAUCGAGGACAUAGUGGAUGGUAAAGUGGUGGCCAGAGAGAUGAAGUACGUGGCAGAGAAUCAGGAUAUCGAGAGGGAUGGUCCGGAGGAGAAUCCCUCGGACUGGGACAGUCUCUCGGAUAGGAUUAGGAAGGCGAGGCGGCGAGGAAAGACACUCUUGCAGCAACACAGAGACGCCCUUCUUGACGGGGAGCGCAAGGAUGCGUUAACAAAGAGACCCCUGGACUUUGAUCAGGAGGAAGAGACGAGAAAACUGGAGACUAGCAAGUGGUUGGAGAGUCACUUUGGCAGUGAUUCCUCGAGGGACUCCAGGAAUGGCGAUGCUGACAUUGAGAAUGUAGAAGUUGAGCCAACAAAGAAGACAUUCUUCAACGUGACCAUCAAAUCCACUCCCAAUUCCACUCCUUUGUCUCACGCUUCUCCGCAAUCGCCAGUCCAGAAGACCUUCCAGUCCCCGCCACGGGAGAAGAUCAGAGCUCCGAGUCCGCCUGAGCCGAAGAAGUACUUCCAGGGAAUCUCCAAUUGGGCGGAGAGGAAAGACACCGCGCCAGCGCGAGUGUUCUCUGGACAUGCCUUCAGGGAGGAGUUGAAGGGCACUGUGGAGAGGAAUCGUCGGCUCAGGCAGCCUGUGAAUGGAUCUGUGGAGCGGCUCAAUGGGGAGAGUCUCUACGCCCAGUCCAAGAAGAUCAGCAGCUAUCGGUCUGGCGAGCAAGAUGACGAUAUUGUCUAUGUGGUGUCGCCCAAGAACACCUAUCACUAUCGCCGUCAAUCACCGGACAGGCCGGUGGAGUACGUGUAUCGGGAGAAUGGCGGCUUCCACCGGGAGAUCCGGCCAAUGCCCAAUGGAGUGACAUAUCUGCGCGAAGAGGAGGAAAUCGCAGAGCCAGAAGAGCCGCAUCCGGUGGCGCCGCAGCGGAAACGCGCCCUGGAGCGCAAGAUGAAGAUGAUGUACCAGUCCAAUGAUGCAGAGGAGGAUCACGAGAAGAUGAGAUCUGCGUCGCCAAGUGUGAUCAGAAGCCGCUACGGGAAGCCUUCGCCUCCGCGGGCGCCGUCGCCAGCACACAAGAAUAAGGUGAGCACGGCCAUUGGGAAUUCGCUGAGGAAGCUCGUGGGGAAGAUUGCGGAGCGGAAGGCGAAGCUGAAGACGAAGCGCUCCAUGUCGCCGCCACAGCAGCCUCCGCAGCAUCGUGGCGGCCACGCGAAUGGCGAGUAUCAGCAGUACGACCAGUACAUCGACAGCCACAUCGAGACUCCGCACACGACUGUCCAGAGGAGUGCCGUGGGCGAUCCCAGACGCGAUCGAGCAGUCGAGCGGCGCAGUUCAGGUGAUAUCGUCGAUCAGCCCACAAUCAUGGUGAGUCCGAAGCAGCGCUUCUACCUCGGCGAGGAUCCGUACGGCAGCAGCAUUUACGGGCGGGAGAACAAGUACGACGGCGUCCAGCGUCCGGUGCAGAGACGCUCCAGCUACAGAGUGCAUCCCGAGGAGGAGAUUUAUCGCAAUGGCAGGAUUUACUCUCCUUACCAGACGCACGCGUCCACUUUGGGCAGAUUCAGCGCGUCCACGAAUCAGCUGCGCACGCCGACUUACGCCACGUCCUCGCAAACGCUGCCGCGAAAGCUGGAGCAUCGUCCGGCGCACUCCUCGACCAUCAACGUGUCCAUCGUGAACACCGUGGCGCCCCCGCAGAACACGGGCCCCGCCAAGCCCGCGCGCUCCUACAAGGCGCUAAACAGGAGCAAGAGCCUCAACGUGCACGCCAUAAGUGAGACGAACGGGACACCGUACAAGUCCAAUCCGCAGCUGAAUCUCAAGAGUCCGUCCAUCGUGAGCAUGAUCAGUCGCAGCCAGCGCGAUUUGCGCCCCAUCGGGACGCCCACGCGCGAGGUGGACACGCAGAAGUCGCUCUUCCUGCGCGGCCUGCAGGAGCAGGCGCCGGAGCUGUAUCGCACGCUGCACGGCGAGGACGAGCUGUCGCCGGUGCGCAGCAACUACUCGCGCUUCUCCGUGGACAGAGCGGUGGCGCACAGGAACGGCGACAUGCGCACGCGAUCGCCGGUGACGAUCAACAAGGACACGGCCAGCAUCAUCAGGCGCGGCAGCUCCAGCACGGACGACUACGCGGAGACCUACAACUACACCACGCGCAACGACGACCCGCGCCGGCCCAGCGUCACCAACACCACGCAGAACUUCAGCAAGAAAACCAUCCCGGGCAAGGGCGUGAUCGAGACCAGCAAGACCAAGUCCGUGACGACGAGCCGCUACGUGCCGGAUCUGCACAACAGCCACCUCCUCAACCGCCAUGUGAUCGAAGUGAGAGGGAAUUCGCCGCGCCACUGAAUCCUCCGCGUGUCCUCAGCAGUUCCGUGUCCAGCAAGUCUAAGAAUCCUAAGAAAACUGAAACCAGCGCAGUAUAAAUUGACAGAAGAGACAGAAACUCUAAUGGAAUUUAGUGAAGGAAUUCCAUUUAUUGAGGAUAAAUAGCAAUCAAGUAUAUUUAUAUAUUCCAUUUAUUUAAAAACUAUUACUGUAUUUCCUGUAAGAGAAAAGUCGCCCUGAAAAAGAAUUGUGUGCGCACAACAAAUUGGGACACGGAACUGUGCGAAAUAUCGGGUUGAGGAGACGCUUUUGGUGAUGUCACUAACAAUUUUAAGAAUGCAAAUUAAAAAAAGGUAUUAAGAAGAAAAAAAAA